AUCGGGCGACGCCGGAAGCGCGGCGGAGUCUGGUUGCGUUGCGCUGUGCCGGCGCUUUUGUUAUGGCCCGGGAGCUGAUCGGGCCGGCGCUGCCCCCGGGCUUCCCGCGCUGCCCCGAGGCGGACCCCGACGAGGACUUCACGCAGGUUGCAGGACCUGCAUUGCCUCCAGGCUACAAAAGCAGCUGCAGCUCAGAAACGUCUAACAGUGAUGAAGACCCAGAGUUUCUUCCUUUGCUCAGAGAGAUGGAUAGAGAUUCUGAAGAGCCAGACACAGAUCCAGCACCCAAAAAACCAAAGAGAGUGCAGAAAGAUGACAGUGAUGGCUUUUUUGGACCUGUUCUUCCUCCUGGAUUUAAAAAAGAGGAUGAUUCUCCAGAGAGGCCUGUUAUAGGUCCUGCAUUGCCACCUGGGUUUAGGAAACCUUCACAAGACUCUGAGGAGAACAGCUGUCCCGUAGGACCUUCUGUUCCUCCACAAUUCAGUUCCCAGGCAACAGAUAGUAGUGAAGAGGACGAUGAUCUCAUAGGUCCGAUGCCUGCCAAAGGACCAGUGGAAUCUGAUGUCACUAGAGAGUUUGAAUACAGAGCUCAAAGAAUGAAAGAAAAGCUUACUUGUACAGACAAUGAUGGGUCCAAGCGAGUUACAAGGGAAUCUUGGAUGACGGAGCUUCCACCAGAAUUGAAAAAAUUUGGAUUGGGUCCAAGAACUUUCAAGAGAAGAGCUGAUGACAAAUCAGGAGAUAGAUCAAUUUGGACAGAUACUCCAGCUGACAGAGAGAGGAAAGCCAAAGAAAUGCAUGAGGCAAAGAAGUCAACCAGUAAGGGUGAUGAAGAAAUUGUAUUUUCGAGGAGGGACAAGAGACUGGCUGAGCAAGUAUCUUCAUAUAAUGACUCAAAGAGACCAGAAUCUCUCAUGGAUAUGCAUCACAAAAAAUUAAAGAGCAAAGCCACAGAAGAUAAGAACAAGCCUCAAGAGAGAAGGCCGUUUGAUCGAGAUCAGGACCUCCAAGUCAAUCGAUUUGACGAAGCUCAGAAGAAGGCUCUUAUCAAGAAAUCCAGAGAGCUAAACACCAAAUUUGAACAUAGCAAAAGCAAUAUGUUUCUAUAAUGCAAAAGACAUGAAGUUGAGGAGACUUUGAAUCCAGACUUUGAGUUCUGAAUUGGGAGCCUACCGGAGCUCCUGCUGGGAAGUAUUAACUAUAUGGCAGCUUUCACCUUAUAACAAGGUAGUGCUUUUCUGAAAUGAAGUCCGUGUGUGUACGUGUUUAUGUAUAUAUAAUUCUUUAAAUAUUGUAUGUAAUACAUUUUAAAGAUUUUUAUCUUUUUUUUUUCUUGGUUUCAAAGCAAUGUUCAAGGUGUAGGAUCUGACGUGCGAUUCUGAUAGCCUUCUUCGGGAUUACACAAGUGUAAAACAAGGCCUAAUUUGGUCUGUAAAUCUUUUUUGUUAAUAGUGAUGUAUGAAAACCCAAUUUAGCUCUGAACCUGGGUUAAACUUGCGGGACUUCUCAGUCAGAAAAUUCAUAUUGAUUUAUAACUGAACAAAUGUGAUUUGGUAAUCAGAACAUAAGCAAGAAGCAUAAUGAUGCCAUUGCAAUUGUCUUUUAGAACAUACUCAUACUUUUUCAGAAGAAAGAAUCUUGCAAUUAAAUCUGAAAAUCCAGCCCAGCACAUUCAUAUUUUCAAAGAUGUUCUGUUACUGUUUUAUUACUCUUUAUGGUAUAAAAGUGGAAGCAAAAGUGCAAACCUGUAUUAUCAAUAUUAACUCCUUUUUAUUGUAUUUUAAAAUGGAAUAUAUGAGCUUAAAUAUUGUCCUUUUUAAGGAAGUAUUGAAAGGAACAAAGGGUAUCCCUGUCUAUGUACACAGUUUGAUAUAAUAGAUUUUAAUGACUCCUUUGGAGGUAAUGUGCAUCCUCAUAGCAUAUGUUAACUAUAGUAUGGCUCGUGCCAUUUUUCAAGAAGAGCUUCAGUGAUGUGCUAGAUCCAGGUUUAUUUACCUUAAUAUAUCAACCUAACAUACCAUAUGCUGCCAUGUUUUUAGUCAUUAGUAUAUUGAAUUAAUUCAUAGAUCUUGAGCAUGUAUCUAAAAUAGGCUGGAAAUUGUUAUUUUUUUAAUGCAAAAAGUUAAUGUUUAUGUGCACACUCUUUGACUAUUUUUAAAAUGAAAUUGUUUUGGAAACAAUUAUAGAGAAACAAUUUAGUCUUCUCUGCAAAAAUGUCUUUUAGCAUCGGUUGGUUUUGAAUUAAGGCUUUUAAGAUUUUUGAGGAGAGUUUGAACAAAAUCUUUGUGUCAGUAGCUUUGUUUUUCUCACAGCACAGUACCUCUUAGUAAGGAUAUUGUCUUUUGAACUUCUCAGUUUCCUUUCAUGCCUGGAAGCAUCACCUCUUCUAACGUUAGGGAAUAGAAAACGUUCCUACAGCAGCUACUAAAUUGCUCAUUUCAAAAUGUAACAUUAGGAAAGUAAUAUAUUCUUAACUUUCAGUGUGAUGUAGAGCCAAAAGCCAAGAGAAAAAUGUAAUGUCACGUGACCAGAGUUCUCUGUGGCCCACAGAAAAUGCUUCUCAGGGUGCAGUUAGGAAAUGGAUACUUCAGUAUCUAAUGUCAUGUUACACCUGAGAGAUGAAUUUUGUUGAAAUUAAGUAGUUCCCAGUCACGGGACAAUAGGACUACUGACAUGAACGAGUCCCGUUGCCAUGAAGUGUGUCACUGAGUACUGAAGUUCAUCUCUCACUGAGGUCAAUGGCUACAUUGUGAUUGACUUGUUGUGGGAGUUGCAUUUGAAUUUGAGUCUUAAGUUACAAAAGUGGAGGGUUGUUAUGAAAAGUGACGGACCUUGGGCUACAGCAGCACAAAUGCAGCAUUUCAAGGACUGUGUAUUACAUCAAGGGUUCAGUAAUUAGAAAUGUGUAUCCCACACAUCAAGGAGGACUGACUGAAGCAAGUUAGGCAAAUCAUUUUCUUUGAUCUGAUUAAUUUGUUUUUUUCUGAAGCCCCUCAUUCUGGAUUUGAUGAAGUAUGUGAUGUAAACUCAAGCAGGGGAAAAAGUGGAAAUGUUGAGUUUUAAAUUAAGCUUUUCAUUACUGUGUGUAAAUUGAGUGAACUUUUGAGUUGUAUUAAUACACAAAUUAAUCUCCUCCUACCAAUGCCAGAUCAUCUCCUAGAACACUCAUUAAAAUAAACAGUAACUCAGUAAAUUACAAGCUCAGUAAGCUUUUGUGUGAAGAGAUGGGCAAGCUGAAAAGCAUUUUUUGUUGAAAUGCUACUGGGUGAUAUUCAGAAUUUCAUUUUAAAGACCAGCAUUUUAGUACAUGGGGGGAAAAAAAAUCCCUGGAAUAAUUACUGAGCAUCAUUUCUGGUAACCAGCUCCUAAAAUGUACAUAACAGCUUCUAAAAUGUAUAUAACAGAUUGGUUUAAGUGAACAUGGAGAAUGCAUAAUCCUGGGUUUAAAAUACUUAUCUUUGUGUUAUGGAGCUCUAAAGAAUUUUUUUAUGCAUUCAUUAAAAACAAAUUACAGUGGUAUUUAA